AUGGGUGACAUCUUUUCUAGAUUGGCAGCUGUUUCAGACAACAGCAUAUUGUUUGAUCCUGUUUCCGAGUACGAAAUCUCCAUAUCUUUUCAACCCAAUUGCUUGAAAUCGGCCAAUUUCAUUGUCGGUACACGCUUCUCUAUUCUGGACGAUACAAUAUUUGAGGAAGAGCUACGACCAUGGGUUUGGGAUAUCCCACAGGUUCAAACAAAAUCACAAUUUGUCAAUUUAUGGCCGAUCACAGAUAACCUGAAAAGAUCUGCAGCAUUCUCAGAGCAUUCAAACGGUCCUCGAAAUGUCAACUGGGAGUGGCCAUUCACCAGACACUGGGUCAAUGAGGUAACUCGCCCGAGCCAGAAUGCGCUUGGAUUGUGGAAGUCUUGGUAUAUGAAGAAACAUAGUCAAUUCCAUAGUGGUGGAGGAGAAAUAGUGCCUGCGGGAGGUAUCUACUUUGUCAACACUCAAUAUUUCGCUCUGGAUUGCCAAGAAAACAACUCUUUACUUCCACCUCUGAUCGAGAAGCAUUUCACCCCUACCGGCCUUGCUCGCUACCUCCAUGUCACCCCAAAUUAUAAAUUACAUCUUGUCUCAAUAAUACCACCAUUAAAGACAGUGUUACUCACGUCUGGUGACUUCAAAACACUACUAGAGAACUCCAAACAUAUGAAAAUGGUGGUGGAGUUCAACAAUAACCAAGUGUUCCUAGAAGAUGCAGUUCUCCAACUCGAGAUCAAGUAUAAUGGUCUGCGCUGGUACCUUGCCCAUUAUCCGAAAUUAUCAUCACUCAUCGGCAUUCUUUUGUUCUGGACCAUGAGCUCAUUUAUCUGCUUGAUCACGACCCUUGGGAUCUUCCGAUUCUACGAAACAAGACCGCAAAUUAAAAAAGAGGACGAAUCCAUUUUAAACUUAGACACGCUUCUUAAACAAUAUUAG